AGUUCGAAAAAGCGAUUAAUAGGCAUGAUUUCACAUCUCUGGUUCCUCCCCCCUCCUCAACUGUAGUGACAGAUGAAAAGCCACGUGCUAUAUAAACGCUACCCAAAGAAGUUGACUGUAAUGUUUAUAAGGUAGAGGUUUGAGAAGCACGGUGAAGAUGUUGGAUAAUUUAUCACCGAAUGUGAAGAACAUUUAUAUGCAUACAGGAAACAUUUUAAAUCUGAAUGAAGUUAAGAAAAAGGCUGGACAAAACCCAACAGAUGAGUUGAUUGAAAGUCUGAAGAUAACAUUAAGCAAAGGAGAUCUCAAAGCUGUAGAAGAGGAUAGUGUAAAGAUUCAGCGACUUGAUGAUGACACACAAACAGGGAUUACCUCAGAAGAUAGAAAAGGCUUGAAAAUAGGAAUUAAAGUAUUUGUUUCAUCUCCAAAGAAGGAAACCUUAUGUGAAGCUCUGGAAACUAUGUUUCUCGCACUCAAUGUCGAUUUUGUCGACUCCCUUGUGUUGGCAUAUCCUAGCAAGGCAGAAAGUACAACUCUCCUUCCAGAGCUCCAAGAGAUGUGGACAGUAUUAGAAGACUACACAGAACGUCAGAAGCUCUACACUAUAGGAGUCAGUGAUAUAGACACAGACAUUUUUGUGGCACUGCACAACUGGGCAAAGAUUAAGCCUAGCAUAAUACAGAUUAACCUGGCCAGUUGUUGUGUGGUGCCACCUGCAUUGCAAGAAUUCACAAAACAAAAUGACAUUCAGUUGCUGACACACAGUGAUCCAUUUGGAAACUAUGGAGAAGAAAGAGAAAUUCUUCCAAAAUCAUCUUUGAACAGUGUCUUUGACUUCACUGGACAAGGUGAAACAACAUCACUAGAACUUAGUUGGGCAUUGAGGUUCCAAGUGCAUGUCAAGUGCAGAGGUGUCUUAGCAAGUAAAGGUUACGUUGUUUGCAUUCAACGUUCUUAGCAGCAUUUUGUGUACUGAGUACUGUGAAAUGUGGAUUUCUGUGGAGCAGCCUUACACUACUGCCAAGAAUGGAAAAAAAAACACAUUGUGUUUAAAUUGUAAAAGUGCAUUUAUGUGAUUUAUAUUGUGAUGAAUUUUGUUGUCGCUGAGCUGAAUUAUAAAUUUUAUAUGAAAUAAUUGUAAUAUAUAUUUAUGUUCAAUAAAGACAGCAGAGCUUCUCUCUGAGAGAAUUAAGCAUUUAA